AGCUGGCCCCGGCCCGCAGGAAGGAAGGAGCCGCUAUCAGCUCCCCGAUAAGCCACCCCGAGGCCAGAAAGCCGGUGCACUCGGCCAGGGUUGUGCAAGGCGGCCGGCUCUAUCGGGCCCCAUCUCUGGCACUUUCCAUGACGGGCGGUUUGGACGCCCCAUCCCGGCCCGAGGCCCUGCUCCGGGCCAGCUGUGGCCGGGCGGACCGACGCGGACCCCCGGCCGAGCGCGGAGGGAGCCCCAGCAUGGGCCGGCGGCGUCAGCUGCAGGUUCCUGGUCCCCGGGUGGCCACCGUGUCAGCGCUGCUGUGCUUCUGCAUCCUUCUGUGUGUGACCAGCGGUGCAGCAGAUGCCUCUCUUGGACCCGCUCAGAGCGGCCGCGCGCCCGUCGCCCACCUGCAGCUGCAGCCGCGGCUGAAGACGCUGAGCUGGAUCUCGGGGAGCCCCGCGCGCGGGAUGGGCUGCCGCAUGGACGCCCCCUUGCAGGCUCCUGCUGCCUGCUCACCAGCUGAUGCGAUGGCGGAGCCCGGCGGCUCCGGCCGGCCGCUGCGGAUGGCGAGCGUGCGCACCGCCGCGCACCGUCGUGGCUUCCUCAGCUUCGGCCCCGGGCCCGGGCGCCCGGCCCAGCCCGCACUGCGGGCUCCCUUCCUGCUGGGCUGGAACCCGAGACCCGCCUGCCUCAGCCUCGCCCAGGGCGCUCCACCUCGAAUUGCGCACACCGGCCUACGCCGCCGUGAGCUCACUGUGUAG